UCGACGCGUGUCUGUGUUUGAAACAAGGAUCAAAAUUUGAUCUUGUUCAAAGAGAAAUGGUUGAUAGCCCUGAUUCAGAAGGUAACAGAUACAUGGUUGGUGGUGGUAGUGGUGGUGGUGGUGCCUCUGCAAGCAACACCUCAGGUGAUGAUGGUUGCAUUAAGGAGCAAGAUCGCCUUCUUCCAAUAGCUAAUGUUGGCAGGAUAAUGAAGCAAAUCCUUCCACCUAAUGCGAAGAUCUCAAAAGAAGCUAAAGAAACCAUGCAAGAAUGUGUCUCUGAGUUCAUAAGUUUUGUUACUGGUGAAGCAUCUGACAAGUGUCACAAGGAGAAGCGGAAGACCGUUAAUGGAGACGACAUUUGUUGGGCUCUUGGAACACUAGGGUUUGAUGAUUAUGCUGAACCCUUAAAAAGGUAUUUGCAUAGAUUUAGGGAAUUAGAAGGUGAGAAAGCUAAUCAGAACAAGGCUGGUAAUAUAGAAGACAAAGAUGCACCAAACAUCUUAAUGAGUGACCAAUCUAGGAAACAACCUAUGGGUUCUUCACCUCUUAAGUUCAAUGUGUUUGACAAGAGUAAUGGCUCUAUGUCUAGGCCAUUUUAAGAUUUUGGAAAGAAAUGAAGAUGAUCAUGAUCAUAAUCUAGGUUUUUUUUCUUCAUAAGAGUGUUAUUAUCUAUAUAAGAUUAUAGAUGUCUGUUUUGAUUAUUGAUUUACUAGUGAUGAGCUUACAGAUUAGGUCUGAUUACUUUCAGAACUAGUCUUUGUACUUUCUUCUUCCUUAAUCAAAUCAUGUUUCAGAAUUGAGGGAGUUCUGUAACAAGGAUAAACCAGCUGCGCGCAG